CAGUCCUUCUUUUUGGGCACAGAUCCGAAACGAGCACUCAGUAUGAUUCCGUUGUAUAAAUAUUCAUAUGUAUUUUACUAGGUUUUGUGAUAGGCUUAAACGUUGCUUCGGUUAUUAGUUGCAAGAUGAUAUUAUUUUCAAUCACGCUCUGUUCACAUGCAGGCGUCGAAGUUGAAUCAUUCUUUGGUAAACAUUCGCAGGGACCGUGACUCCCAGUGGCAUUCCAGUUUCACCCAGCAAGACAGAUUUCGAUCCAUUUGGCCUCUAGAGAUCCUCUUAAAGCGUCGUUUUACAGUACCAAAUAACCUGGAUACUAAAUUGAACUUGAAGGUUUAAACAGCAAAGCAUGGAGCUGGUGUCUUUUGCAUUGUUUGCCUUUAAAUGUGGUGCAUAUUUAGUCUGGAAGAUAAAGAAACAAGAGAUACUGAAAACACUCCAAGAUAGUAAACUACUAGACGGAAAAUUUCGUGAGAUAAUCUUGACUGAAGUAGAUUCGAUCAAUUUAAAACUUGACAGCCAAGCACGAAAAGACCUGCAUGCAAGUAUAUCCUUUUACAAGGAAGGCCUGGCAAUUUUAAACGAAGUAUUAGACAACAUUAAAAGACGAACUGGAAAAGAGCUGAUUGCGGAAGAAGCAACGCUUGAAGCUGAAUGCAUUGGUGCGCCGUCAACGCUCAACACAAAAGCAGAUUUCUUGAAUGCUGUAACUAAUAAUUAUGAGCGUCUUGAAUUGACCGACUUAAAUGAAAGAGAGAGGAGUAUAUUUGAAAAGGCGAAAAAGCCUUUCGCAGAUGCCGCGUACAAGGCAGCAGAGGCUUUCAGCAAUGCAGAGCUAAGAACUUCUGAACGUAUCCAGAGUAUGUCUAUUCGUAUCAUGGCAAAAAUACUGGAAAAUAUGGAAGAUGCCUCAAUUGCAUUGCUCUCAUGCAGAUCAUUUCUGAGAGAGUUAAAUUCGCUGUCAGAUGUUCAGGAUAUAUUUCGCUUAGCAGUAACAACUACUGGGAAAAAAUCCCCUUUUAACCAUGAAGAAAACAUUCGAAUUUUUGCGGGUGUCUGCCACUUGAAUCGCAUGGUUUUCGAAGUUUUUCAACUUGCUUACAAGAACAAAGUUCCCUGGGAUUUUCCUCCAAUCAUUGCCAAGGACGGCGGCAAAGUUGUCCAUCGAAUUGAUCCACUGAGAGAUGUACGAGUGACUGAAGCGCUUUCAAGGUGGCACCAUCAAAAGAAGAAAGAAACUUUAUUGCUAAGCGUUACUGUAUUUUCCGUAGCGCGGUUAUUUGGAAGUGAAAAAACAAAGCUCAUUUCACCACGAGACAUCACCAGCAACAAUCAGGGACAAAUCAUUGUAGCGGACAAUGGCGAUCACAUUAUUAAGGUCUUCGAUGAAAGUGGAGAGUGUAUGCAGUCUUUUUUCGCUCUUCCCAGUUAUCUAGCUGAUGAAGAUAUUUGUGGAGUGGCAACUGACCAUGAAGACAAUAUAUUUGUACUGAUAAUGAUAGACAAGUUUCACUUCAAAGUUUUCUUGUUCGACAAGGAUGGUCAACUGUUGAACAAAUUUCCAUUAAAGGAGGGUGUUCACAGUUCAAUGGUUAUAAAUCAGAGAGGUGAGCUUCUUGUGUUAGUAGAGGAAAAGGAUACUAAACGUUUUGCAGUUCAAAAGUACAAGACUAGUAAUGGAAAGUCGGUCAAGAUCUUCGGACAAGACAUUCUAGAGGAACCAAAGGACAUUACUGUCACUCAUGGUGGACAUUGUCUUGUAUUAAACAGAAAUGGUCGCGUGACUGUGUUCGAUGUGGAGGGAAACCACCAGAAAGAACUUGACUUCGACUAUGCAGACGAUGCUCUUGCUGAAGCAAUUGCGUUUCAUUCUGAGAGCAAUCAUGUCGUCAUCUCUAACCUGCAACCCGAAUUUCGUGUGAAGGUAUCAAUAUUCAAUGAUCAUCGCGACUGUGAGCGCAGCAUUUUCCAAGGUGCAGAACAGCUUAGCAGAGAAGAGCAGAGAGAAUGUGUUCCUCCAAAGAUUGCAGUGACCAAGGAUGGAAACAUAGCCAUCCUUUCUGGGUUUGUUGGCGAAUGCAAAGUAAUUGUUGUAUAAAAUAUUAUGCUGUUUCUGAAACUUUAAGAACCAAACAGAACGUUCAAUUGUACGUAACUAUAGUUAGAGGAGCUAAGGUUAAUAGCAACAGUGCCUACUCAGGAUACACUACAAAUUAGUUUCAUUUAUAAUCUAAUCAAAAAAUAGUUUUCCUAUACAUAAAUGGAUCGAUAAACCUUAUAUUAUUUCUUAUCGUUGGAUACACGGAAACUAACAGACUUUUGUAACCGUUGAAACCACGAUCAACGAACGUUACAUCUCGUUACAUCUCGUAUUCAUCAGGCGAGACCAAGAUUAGGUUUAAGGCCAUUAUAAAACACAACGAAGUAAAAACUGAGGGUUCAUUAAGCGUAAUCCUUUGUAUGUUAGUACGGUGUUAAACUAUUUGAAUCAUUCUGGAAGCCGAGUAUGCUUGUCCCUAGGCUUCAGUUUCUUGGAAACAUAAAGACUUGUUAUGAGCUAACUGUGAUUAGUUCUUUCGCGUCAAAGAACUGAAAAUAAAAGGGUUACUAGUCAAAUGCCCAAAGUGAUCAAAAUUUUAACAUUGCCUAGAAAAAACAUUGUUUUAUUUGUCUGCGGUAUAAAUGCAAACAAAGUUAUUAGUGAGCCUGAUUAGCAUUAACAUAUUUCAAAAGAAAUAUUAUUUGCCCUAUAACCAACAAGGUCUGGUUUAAUUUGCUUUGUUUUUCAUUAAAAUAUGAAAAUACAAAAUCUGCACGAAGAAGGCAAAGUUUUACUAGGUCUGUUAAGUCACAGCUUAUAAUAAUAAACUAGAAUGGUCAUGAAGCCCGACAGACUCCUUUGUUAUAUAUUUUUUUUAGCUUCUUUGGACCUCAA